GCCAUAAGUUAUCAACACAGAAUUGCUGAGAGUUCAUUCUUUUAUUUUGUUUUGUUGCGUAAAGAAGCUACUUAAUAUACAAAAUAAUCUUAAAAUUUAUCUAAACCAUUCAUUAAUCAUAUUCUCGUCGUUUAUUUGCAAGAAAGAACGUCAAAAUGGGAAAAAUCGGCAAAAUGUUCGUUGUUAAGCGAGAUGGAAGAAAGGAAGAAAUUCAUUUCGAUAAAAUUACAUCAAGAAUCCAGAAACUUUGUUAUGGUCUCAACAUGGAUUUUGUUGAUCCUGUUUCCAUAACAUUGAAAGUUAUUAAUGGUCUCUAUACUGGCGUAACAACAGUUGAACUUGAUAAUUUAGCAGCUGAGACGGCUGCAACAAUGACAACUGACCAUGCAGAUUACGCCGUUCUUGCAGCUCGUAUUGCUGUAUCGAAUUUACACAAAGAAACUAAAAAACAAUUCAGUGAUGUUAUGGAUGACCUCUUCAACAUGGAAAACGAAUAUUUGAAGAAGAAAACACCAAUGAUAAGUGAUUUCCAUCAUGACAUCAUAAUGAAGAAUGCUGAUCGCUUAAAUUCGGCAAUUAUCUAUGAUCGUGACUUUGGUUACAACUAUUUUGGAUUCAAAACCUUGGAGCGAAGCUACUUGUUGAGAAUCAAAGGAAAGAUUGUCGAACGUCCACAACAUAUGUUAAUGCGAGUUGCUGUUGGCAUUCAUGGCGAAGAUAUUGAUGCAGCAAUUGAAACUUACAAUUUAUUGUCGGAACGAUAUUUCACGCAUGCCUCUCCAACACUCUUCGCAGCUGCAACACCUCGACCACAAUUGUCUUCAUGUUUCUUAUUGUCAAUGUCCGAGGAUUCUAUUGAAGGCAUUUAUGGAACUCUCAUGCAAUGUUCAUUGAUCAGUAAAUCAGCAGGAGGCAUUGGAUUAAAUGUUCAUUGCAUUCGAGCCAAAGGAAGCUACAUUGCUGGCACAAAUGGGAUUUCAAAUGGUCUCGUUCCCAUGCUGAGAGUUUAUAACAACACAGCUCGUUAUGUCGACCAAGGUGGCAACAAACGUCCAGGAGCUUUCGCCAUUUAUCUUGAACCUUGGCAUGGCGACAUUUUUGAGUUCCUUGAUUUGAAGAAAAACACUGGAAAAGAAGAAGCUCGAGCUCGUGACAUGUUCUAUGCUCUUUGGAUCCCCGAUUUGUUUAUGCGUCGUGUUGAAAGUAAUGGAAUGUGGUCUUUGAUGUGUCCUCAUAACAGUCCAAAUUUAUUCGAUACUUGGGAAGCUGAAGGACGUUACAUUCGUCAGGUGAAAGCUCAAGAUCUUUGGUUUGCGAUCAUCGAGUCACAAGUUGAAACUGGAACUCCUUACAUGCUUUAUAAAGACGCUUGCAAUCGCAAAUCGAAUCAACAGAACGUUGGCACUAUUCGUUGCUCAAAUCUAUGCACAGAAAUUGUUGAAUAUUCAAGCAAAGAUGAAGUUGCAGUUUGUAACUUAGCUUCAAUUGCUGUCAACAUGUUUGUCGUUGCAAAUAAUGGAAGUAAGGAUUAUGACUUCAAGAAAUUAAAGGAAGUGACAAAAACUGUCACAAAAAAUCUCAAUAAAAUCAUUGACGUUAAUUACUAUCCAGUUCCGGAAGCCAAACGAUCAAAUAUGCGUCAUCGUCCCAUUGGAAUUGGAGUUCAAGGCUUAGCUGAUGCUUUCAUUAUGAUGCGAAUGCCUUUUGAAUCUCCCGAAGCACAGAAACUUAAUCAGCAAAUCUUUGAAACAAUUUAUUACGGAGCAUUGGAAGCAAGUUGUGAACUUGCUGAAGAAUUUGGAACUUACGAGACUUAUGAAGGAUCGCCAGUAUCUAAAGGAAUUCUUCAAUACGAUAUGUGGAAUAAAACGCCAACAGAUCUUUGGAAUUGGUCCACUUUGAAGGAGAAAAUUGCUAAGCAUGGCGUUCGUAAUUCAUUGUUGGUGGCACCAAUGCCGACUGCUUCAACGGCUCAAAUUCUCGGCAACAAUGAAAGCUUCGAACCAUACACAAGCAACGUUUACAACCGACGUGUUCUUAGUGGAGAGUUUCAAGUUGUUAAUCAUCAUCUCAUCAAGGAUUUGACUGAACGUGAUUUGUGGGAUGAUGACAUGAAAAAUAAAAUCAUCGGCAACAACGGAUCAAUUCAAUCAAUUGAAGAAAUUCCACAAGAUAUUCGUGAGAUUUACAAGACCGUUUGGGAAAUGUCAGUAAAGAAUCAAAUUCAAAUGGCAGCUGAUCGUGGUGCAUUCAUCGAUCAAUCACAAUCAUUUAAUAUUCACGUUGCUGAACCAAAUUAUGGAAAGUUGACUUCAAUUCACUUCCAUGCAUGGAAAAUGGGAUUGAAAACUGGAAUGUAUUACUUACGUACAAAGCCAGCUGCUAAUGCAAUUCAAUUCACUGUAGAUAAGCAACGUUUGAAUCAAAAUGCAACCACAACUGUUAAGAUGAAUGGUAAUGGAAAUAUUUCUUCACCAACUUCGCCUUCUUCUGCUCAUAACUCACCAAAUAAAUCUGUUAAUGGAACUGACGAACGUGAAAAGAAAUUGGCUGAAAUGGUUUGUUCAUUGGAAAACAAAGAUGAUUGUUUGAUGUGUGGAUCUUAA